AAACUCGGGAAUCGAAUCGGGAACGACUCCGCCAUUUUGCUGUCGCUUACCUAAGGGAAGGACGCAAGUCUUGGUUGUUACGACUAAAAGCUGAAGGUAAAGAAGCAGAUCAUCAUGGGAGGAGACCACCGUUUUGGCAAGCUAGCCAGAUACAGGAAUGUCAUCACUUAUUCCCUGUCCCCCUACGAGCAGAACCCCUUUGCAGGCAUCUUCAAGAAAGGCAUCCCCAACAUGUGGAGAAGAUUCAAGGGGCAGGUCUUCCGAGUUAUCCCACCCUUCGCUCUGGGCUACUUAAUCUAUCGCUACGGGUCAACUGAAAACAAGAAACUAAAGAGGAAAGACCCCUCGCUAUACGUCAACGACGAGUAAGCAACCCGCGAAAUGUGUGCAGUGAGAGACUUGUCACACCCUCGCCUUUGAACCUGGAAUCUGAAUCUCAACAGUUGAACAUAAAGCAGUGAUAAAGAGAAAAGUACAAGAUUCAAGCAGUAACACAGAUAAAGUGCAAGUUUCAAGAAGAAAAUGAUUCAGCAAGCCUCACUCGGUUCCAGACAGCAGAAGUAGACAGCACCCUAUAGUAUCUACCAGAGAAUCUUCCUCAAGGUUGAGUUCAAGUGUGUUUCAUCUUGAGCGUGAUCUGCUUCGGGACUGAUUUCAGAAAAAAACAUACAUAUACAAGUUUAUCAGAAAGUUGCCAUAGACUGUAAGGAACUGCAUGCGCUCACUUCACCGAUGACAUCAUCUAGUUUCAAGUCGGUUGGGUUUGACUUAGUCUGUGAAUUAGAUGUUGCAGUGAAGGUUCGACAGUGAUUAUUUGAAAGUAAGAGGUAGUGGAUGGGUUUUUUUAAUGCUCAAUUUGUACAGCAAAACAUUCUCUCAUCCCCCAUGUAAAUGUGAUGUAAAUCCCAGCUUCAUGUUAACUUUGGCUACAAAGAUUGUUUCAUUGCAGUAAGCACUAAAGUUAAAUGCUUAUCAAAAUGUUUGUUAUUUGAAAUUGAAAUAAAAAUGUGUUAUUUGCAUGUA